CGUACCAGUUUUUGCCAUGCAACCUUAUUGCGCCUUUUCGCUAUUUCUUUCUCAAACAGAAAAUAAAAGGGAGAUGAAAAGAAAAUUCUUAUCCCAAUUUACCCUUUUUUUCUCCUUUCUUGAAAAAUAUUCACAAUUAUAGAUUAAAUACUUGUUUCUUCUCUGUAGAUUGAGGGUAAAAAUGGGUGAAGGAACCUCAUCUGCUUCAAAGAAAUCAAGAAAACCCGAUUAUUCGAGGUUUACCCAGCAAGAGCUUCCCGCUUGCAAGCCAAUUUUAACUCCACAAUGGGUUGUCACAACAUUUAUCUUCCUUGGAAUCGUCUUCAUUCCCAUAGGCCUUGCCUCAUUGUCUGCAUCAGAAAAAGUUGUGGAAAUUGUAGAUCGUUACGAUGAUGAUUGCAUUCCUUCAAAUUAUACGGAUAAACAACUUGUAUAUCAUGAUAGCAUUUCAUUUAUCCAAAAUAAUAAAACAAACAAGACCUGUAUCAAAACUUUGACAGUUCCUAAGAAAAUGAAGCAUCCGAUCUAUGUUUAUUAUCAGCUUGAUAACUUCUACCAGAAUCAUCGCCGAUAUGUAAAAAGCAGAAAUGACGAGCAAUUGCGCGACCCAAAUUUUAAGGGUGAUUUGAAAAAGACUUGUGCUCCUGAAGACAUGAACGGAAAUCAGCCCGUGAUUCCCUGUGGCCUCAUUGCUUGGAGUUUGUUCAAUGAUACGUAUCGUUUUUCAAUUAAGGACAAACCUUUACAAAUCAAUAGGAAGAACAUUUCAUGGCCAAGUGAUAGAAAGCACAAAUUUGGAUCAAAAGUUUACCCUAAAAAUUUUCAGAAAGGAAGUUUAAUUGGGGGUGCUACACUUAAUGAGAGCAUACCUAUGAGUGAGCAAGAGGAUCUUCAAAUUUGGAUGCGAACUGCGGCAUUACCACAAUUCAGAAAGUUAUACGGGAAGCUGGAGUUUGACCUUGAAGCUAAUGAGAAGAUAACUGUAGUAAUACAAAAUAAUUAUAAUACAUAUACGUUUGAAGGUAAAAAGUCUCUGGUUCUUUCAACCACAACAUGGAUUGGCGGAAAGAAUAACUUCCUAGGCAUUGCAUACCUGACCGUUGGUGGAAUUUGCUUAUUCGUGGCAAUAACUUUCAUACUUAUGUAUGUCAUCAAACCAAGGCCAUUUGGUGAUCCAGCCUAUUUGUCAUGGAACUUGAAUCCUACAGGGAACUGAGGAUGUUUGUAUCAUCGAUCCGUCAUGCUCUUCUCUCCAAAAUUUUCCUGCUGAAGAGUUUUAGCUGGUUUAGUCGUUAACGCUAAUUAUAUCUGUGUUAUAUUGGAUACUUGCAAGUUCUGGACCAGUGAUUUAGGCAUUCAAGUCUAUUGUCAUUUCACUAUACAUAUGCUGCCAAGUCUAUUGCUUUGCAGCUUCAUUCUUUGAUUACUACAUUUGUUGUGGUGGGACAAUCUUUCUAGACCACUGAAUUGUACCAAAACAGAUCGCGGUAUGCUGUUUUUAUUUACUGAUCAGAAUAGGACUGAGCACUGAAAUUUAUUGGUAUAUUUGAACAGACUACACUUGUAUUAAUUAGAAACAGAGAAAAUCUGUAGUUACACUCUGAUUAUAUAUGGUCUGAAUUAUUCUGUAGCCGAGCAAA